GAUUUUACUAUCUAACAUCGUAUGAUCGCAUGAUCGCAGUUUCAGAAACAUUUAUUCUCAGGAUGCAGAAAUUUUAAACUAGGUCAGUUAGUUUUUUUUCUAGUUAGAAAACUUAUACAUUAUUGAAACGCGUUAAUUAACAGAAUGAGUUUUCUUAUUUUGUGUGUGGCGGGAGUUAUUAUUUAUGGCACAAUUCGUCUGCUCCAUUUAGCCAGUUCGUCAUCUGCACCUGAUCUGAAAUACAAAGAUGGCUCGUUUUUUGCCAGCCAAAUUCUUAAAAUGUGUUCUGUGCUAACAAACCCUUAUAUACCUACAAGAGUGUGGGGGAAAAGUGGACAUCUGCAAACCAUCGUGUAUGGCAAAUUAGGCCGAAUAAAAUCUCCAUUCCCCAAGGGAAAGAGACAUUUUAUUACCCUAGAUGAUGGAGCUACGUUGACAUAUGAUGUAUUUGAACCUAUAUCUCCUCACCCCAGAGGAGAUUAUACAAUAGUGAUCAGCCCAGGUAUAGCUAACAGUAGUGAGACUGCCUAUAUCUGCACAUUUGUGCAUUAUGCACAAGAAAAUGGAUACAGAGUGGUGGUGCAAAACCAUUUAGGAGCAGUUCUCAGUAUAGAAUUAACCUCAUCUAGAAUGUUCACCUACGGGCAUACAGAUGAGUUAAAGAAAAUAGUUGAAGACAUAGAGAGACUUUAUCCCAAUAGCCAGUUGUUGGCUGUGGGGUUCAGUAUGGGUGGUAAUAUAGUAACUAAAUAUCUAGGAGAGGAUGAGUGUCAUCAACACAAGUUUAUCUGUGGAAUGUCAAUAUGUCAAGGAUAUGAUAUUCACAAGGCCUUUCCAUUGCUGUUAGAAUGGAGCCAUCUAAGAAGAAUGUAUGUGUAUUUUAUGACAUCUUAUCAGAAGUUUUUAUUGCGUCACCAUUACAACACAGUGUUGUCAGAAGAUGUGAAAUGUAAACACAAGCUCGAUGAAGACAAGAUAUUUGCUGCCACGUCUCUGGCUGAAUUAGAUCAAGCGUAUACUAUAAAACGUUGGGGAUACAAGAGUAUAGAAGAGUAUUACGAAGCAAAUAGUAGCUGUAAUUAUAUUAACAAUAUAACAAUACCUAUGUUUUUACUGAAUGCUAGAGAUGACCCGUUAGUACCUCAACCUCUACUGAAGUGUGCUACACAAUAUGCAGAGUCUCAUGAAAACUGUGUGCUGACUUUAACUAAGCAUGGUGGCCAUCUUGGAUUUUUUGAAGGAGGGUAUUUUACCCCUGACACAAUAACAUGGUUAGACAGAGCCAUCAUUGAGUUUGCAGAUGCAGCAGUUACCAUUACUCAAACAAAGAAAAAUUUGAUGAAUGGAGUUAAAAGUUCCUAAAUUACAAUACAUGUUGUAAACAUGUAAAAUUUAAUCCAUAAUCAAUACAAUUUUAAACUAAAAUUUAAUCCAUAGUUUUGUCCCACAAUCAGAACAGUUCUAAACUAAAAUUUAAUCAAUAUUGUUGUCCCACAAAAAAUCAAAACAAUUUUGAACUAAAAUUUAAUCCAUAUUGUUGUCCAACAAUUAGAACAAUUUUGAAUUAAAAUUUAAUCCAUAUCGUUGUCCAACAAUCAGAACAAUUUUGAACUAAAAUUUAAUCCAUAUAGCUGUCCAACAAUCAGAACAAUUCUAAACUAAAAUUUAAUCCCUAUUGCUGUCCAACAAUCAGAACAAUUCUAAACUAAAAUUUAAUCCAUAUUGUUGUCCCACAAUCAGAACAAUUUUGAACUAAAAUUUAAUCCAUAUUGUUGUCCCUCAAUCAGAACAGUUCUGAACUAAAAUUAAAUCCAUAUUGUUGUCCCUCAAUCAGAACAAUUCUGAACUAAAAUUUAAUCCAUAUUGCUGUCCAACAAUCAGAACAAUUCUAAACUAAAAUUUAAUCCAUAUUGUUGUCCCACAAUCAGAACAAUUUUGAACUAAAAUUUAAUCCAUAUUGUUGUCCCACAAUCAGGACAAUUUUGAACUAAAAUUUAAUCCAUAUUGUUGUCCCUCAAUCAGAACAGUUCUGAACUAAAAUUAAAUCCAUAUUGUUGUCCCUCAAUCAGAACAAUUCUGAACUAAAAUUUAAUCCAUAUUGCUGUCUAACAAUCAGAACAAUUCUUAACUAAAAUUUAAUCCAUAUUGUUGUUCCACAAUCAGAACAAUUUUGAACUAAAAUUUAAUCCAUAUUGUUGUCCCACAAUCAGGACAAUUUUGAACUAAAGUUUAAUCCAUAUUGUUGUCCCUCAAUCAAAACAGUUCUGAACUAAAUUUUAAUCCAUAUUGUUGUCCCACAAUCAGGACAAUUUUGAACUAAAAUUUAAUCCAUAUUGUUGUCCCUCAAUCAGAACAAUUCUGAACUAAAAUUAAAUCCAUAUUGUUGUCCCACAAUCAGAACAAUUCUGAACUAAAAUAAAUCCAUAUUGUUGUCCCACUGAAUCUGUACAAUUCUAAACUAAAAUGGAAAUAAAAAGUUUAAAUUACUUAUAUAUAUAUAAUACUAUCUGAAAACUUUUAAAAGGGUCAUUAGCUAUGAUUUAAACAAAAAAUCAAAUUAUGAUUCUUUUUGUUUUGAAAUAAUAUUUCGUUAUAAGCAGUCAGUUUUGCUCAAAUUUCUCAAAAUAAACUCAAAAACAUCGCUGAUGUGUUAUUGACUUACAAGUCAAUAAUUCAACCUUAAUUGAAUCUGUAUUCAUGUGAUCUUCAAUUUAAUCCCUUAGCUUGAGAUGGAUUACGCAUGAACUAUCAAUAUUGAAAAUGAAACAAGGGUAAACCAUUUGGUUGACUGAUUCAAUGCACAAAAAAUCAUCCUUAUACAGGUAAAAAUUAUGAUUAACAUAUUUGUUUAACCUAUAACAUGAAAUCAAACAGACCUAGAAAAAUCCAAUUGCACAUGCUCACUAUGCAUUUAUAUUUAUGUUUAUAUCAGGUUAUGUGGUCCAAGGACACAGUUAUCGUUCUUUGGUUUUCGUUGUCUACGAAUAUAGUCCCUAGUGUGAACAGUGUAUAACUUGCAUUUUUUUUUUAUACACUUUCCCAAUUUAUUUCUUGAUAUUUUAUGCAUGAAAUAUUAAGUAAGGGGAUGAAAUUACAUGUUAAAAAAAUUUGGGUGCUGAAUCUUUAUGUUAAGUAGUGAUUUGGUCCUGUUAAAAAAGGUCAAAAAUUAGAAUGUCUGAAGCUGUCAAACUGAAUUUUAGCCCCCCUUAACACAGAAUUGUCAAUAUUUUGAGUUAGAGCUGGUAGAAGUUUCUAUAAUUUUGAUAUUAUUUGUAUCAAUAAUAGUACACUACACUGUAAAAAUCUUUUUGAGAUAGAGCAGGUGCGAUUUUUUUAAUUUGAAUUUAUUGUCUAAAAGAAAUGCACUACGAAAUAACUGUGUUCUCGGGCCAUGUGACCUUCUGCAGUGUUUUGAGGUAAUCUUGAUGGUUAAUUAGAUGGUGUCUAAACUAAAAUACACACAUAUUAUUGAGUUCAUAUAUUGUAAAUUGUUUAUAUUAGACUUUUUCUAAUUUGGAUAUACGUUUUAGUAUGUUAUAUUAAAAUCAAAUAUGAGAAUUUGAGUCAAAUCAGUGAACUUGACAGCUCAUGCCCCUUUAAAUAUACUAUCUGAAAACUUUUAAGAUGUGUAUUGUUUAAUAUACAAUUAUUAUGUAACAAUGAUGUUGAAUUAUCCAUUGCUUUUCUUGCCAUAUCAUAGUUAAUCAUUAUGUUUUUCGGUCUGUGCGUCCAUUCGUCAAUUAAUUCGUCCGUCUGUACAUCCAUCUGUCCCACUUCAGGUUAAAGUUUUUGGUCAAGGUAGUUUUUGAUGAAGUUGAAGUCCAAACAACCUGAAACUUAGUACACAUGUUCCCUAUGAUAUGAUCUUUCUAAUUUUAAUGCCAAAUUAGAGUUUUGACCCCAAUUUCACGGUCCACUGAACAUAGAAAAUGAUAGUGAGAGUAGGGCAUCAGUGUACUCGGUGUACUAUGGACACAUUUUUGUUCCUUUGAUGUCAGUAUUAUUUGACUUAUCGUGAUAAAAAAGUUAUGAGGUCAAUUCAUUCAUAAAUUACGUGCAUGGAUCUUCUUUCCUUUAAGGUUUCAUUCACAAAAAUGGCACAUGAUUCUUAAUUUAUGAAUGAAAUAUUUUUGCAUGGUUUCAAUACAAUUUCUGUAGCUUCAGUGAAACGGUAUUGUCACCCCACAUAAAUAAUAAUCUGAAAUAAUUUUGAGGUUGAUAUGAAAUGAGCUUUCUGAUAAACUACAGAUUAGUAGAAAAAUCUUGUAUCUGCUUACAAAAGCACUUUCCUCAAAUGAAUGUGAUACUAAGUCUUCAGCAUGAACUCUGAACUUAUAAUGAUAGAAUAAAUUUGGAAUGAAAAUUACCAGCAAUUUGAUAUGCAAUCGGUUAUGCAAUCUGAAUUAUACAAUUUUAUAAAUUUAUAAAUCAAGAACAUAGAGGUUAACUUCGCUAAAAUAUAUUAUAUCUUAAAAGAUUUAUUUGGCAAUUUGCAGUGGUAUUUGAACCUAUGCUUCUGUGACAUCAAGGCAACUCAGGUUUCACUGUGCUUUCAUUACUUGAGUGAUGUCUUUCCGCCUUGGCUUCAUCUAGGGUUGCAAUUUAAGUUAUGAAUUAGUCCCCAGACUUUGCUCCAAGGUAAAAUAGUCUAUGCUCAAAGUAUGUACCUCUAUGACUGACAAAACAAUAUUAGAUCUGUAAAUUAUUAUUUGCCCCGCUUGACCAAAAUUGGACCUGUUUGGAACCCAGGGGACCCAAGGCCCCAGACUCCUUACCCAAUUUUCAUAAAUAUGGGGCCUUAAUAUUUCCAUUAUAGUUUUAUUCAGAUACUUGCCAUCACAAAAGACAAAUUCUGCAUAACAUACAAAUUUUGCUAUAAUUAGUUAUAUGCGGCUUCGGUGCUACAAUAAUUAAGGAUGUUCACUCCUCUGUUUAAAAAUAACAAGCUUUUUAAAUGAAUGUUAUAAAUUGAUAGUAUAUAAAUAACAGAAAGUAAAAAGCAGAAAAAAAUGAUAGGUCCAUCACCUUGUUUUCGAGAUAUAAUCAAUUGAAAAUUUGGCGGGAAAUGAUUCUCUCUAGAUUUUUCAUACAUUUGACAUUGGCAUCUUUUUUCUUUCAAAAACUAUGAAAAAAAAACAUGGAUUUUUAUAAGAUUUUCAUAAAUGGCUUGUCAAACAAUAUGUAUAAAAAUUAUGAACAGAAAAGUAGGGUUUAGAGGAAAUUUUUUUUAUUGGGACUACAUGGAUAAAACUCGAGGAUUCCAAAUAUCUGACAAAAAAGUCAAAAACAAGAGUAGCGAACAUCCUUAAACCAUUCUUUAGUUGAAGCAUUUUUUAAACUACCAUUACCAUCUUCAUGCAUUUUCAUUGGUUGGUCCUAUGACAAUUGAUCAACUUCUUACACUUGGGAAUUUUGCAAUCUUUAUGGUGCUAAUGGCUGUUCAUUAAAAUAGUACCAAUUGACACUGGUCUUGACGCAAUAUUGUCCAAUCUUUAUAGUGCCAAAGGGUGUUCAUUUGAAUAGUACCAAACAACAUCGGUCCUAACACAAUAUUGUCCAAUCUUGAAUUUACCAAUUUUAAUUGAUAAUGAUACCCUUUCCAAUCUUUAUGGUGCUGAACACUGUUCUUAAGUCUGGUACCAUUUUGAAAACAAAAUAAUAUAAGCUUAGCUAAAAGGUAUACCGGUAUGACAUUUUGUAAACUUAUAGCUAAAAUGCAUUUAUAUUGUUAUCCUGGUAUCUAUGAUGAGUUUAUUUAUGUAUUUAUUUAUAUUUAUUAGAAUUUUAUAUUUACACUAUAACUGUUUCAUAUUUGUUAAUGUAUACCGGUAGAUGAUUUAUCUUCAUAAUGUUUCAAGUUCAUAUUAAAUUUCUUUUAAAUUUUAUAA